AUGUCUCAACCACAACGCCGAUUCUUUCCCAAGCCACCAAAGAAACAUGUACCUCCAGGAUCAGCCGCUACUCCAACCACCUCCCAGAAUCCGAGUACCAAUCGACGUACUCGCAAUCAAACCAAACCGGCUACGUCAACAGCUCCGCCGACUAGACCUGUCACCAAACGCCGGGCAAGUGAACGCACCAAGGCCGCAUCUGAACAACCUCAGCCAAAGCAAGCCAAGCUAACUCAGACUCAGGCGGUGAAAUCCAAGAAGAUGGUCAAUCGUCCUCCUCCACGAAAACCAUCUCCUCGACGUCGUACCCCGACUCCAACUCCUCCUGCAACUCCUCCUCGACAUCGUACUCCAACUCCUCCUCCUCCUGCGUCAUCUGGAUCUCUUUUACGGGAUCCAUUCAACCAGAAAGAUUUAGAUAUGUUUAGCUUCAAAUCAGCUGCACAAAUUGCCCAAGCCCACAAAUACGGCCCGGACGACGGACGUGAAAUAUGUAGUGCGAUGACGCCUGACAAACAAUUUAUAGCCUCAACCACAGUUGCGCUGGCAAAUUGUCAACAGAUGACCAAUAUAUACAACGACCUCACUCGACAGAUUGGUGAAAUUCGGGAUCUUGUGUCACGACAAGGCCAUGGCGUCUCCGGCAACGCUGCCACGGCAGCGCCUUGGCUUUCAAAAGUGGAUGGUCAGGAGCUACGAAAAUCUAUUCGCCAAAGCGCGAUGAAGGCAAUUUUACGAGGUGACCUGCAGGCUUAUACAGCAACCAAGAACCAAUAUGGCGACAAGGCAACACUCCCAGUUUCUUUAUAUGCUGCAGUAAUGGACGCAAUCAUGUCCAAUCCCAUUAAAUGGCAAAAACGGUUGCUUCCGAAAGGCUAUGGCAAGAAUGCCAAACCCCUCCAAGUCAAGGCCGUGAAGACCCUGGUCAAUGUUGUCUUGAAAGAAGUGCGAAAAGUAUUUGAAACAGAGCUGCUUCAAAGCAUCCAACUGCCCGGCCGACGCACCACCACAGACAAUGGUAGUGUACCAUCGUUGAAUACGAUUGUCGCCAAUCUUUACGAUAAAGAAAUUGGUCAAAUAGGAGGUCGAGUUCCUGUUCGCGAUGAGGUCUUUGAUCAGGUGGGACAUCUGCAAAAGUCCCGUUAUGCUUACCUUAGACUGCAAGCCUGUCAUUGGGGCUUUUACAAGAAAGAUUACAGAGACGGUGCGACAUUUUGGAGCAUCGUGGACGAGAAAUUGGAGUUUCUGCGGGGUCAAAGUAGCAGAUUCUACAUUCAAUGUUUAACGGAGGACAAUGAGCUAUUCCAGGGCAAGAAGACAUUGGCGGAAAUCAGACCCCUCACCUUGUUCCCAAUUCCCAACGAGAUUGUCAUCCAGGAGAUUAUGGAUAAUCUCAAUGAUACAUGGGGUGAUACUGUUCCAGCGGAUGAAGAACUUCAUGCAAUGAAGAAGUUCCCCGCGAAGAAUGAUAACAAUGAGAAUGAUGGUGAUGAUGAUGAUGAUGAUGCGGGGUUAGAAGAAGAAGAAGAAGCAGGGUUUGAUGAAGAAGCAGAAGAAGAAGAAGAAGCAGAAGAAGCAGAAGAAGAAGCAGAAGAAGAAGAAGAAGACGAAGAUGCAGGGUUUGAUGAUGAAGAAUGA